CGUGCUCACCCCACUGGCCCCGCCAGGCCCGCCAGGGCCCCCCAGGCCUCCCGGGCUCUGUGACGACAGCCCCACCAGCUGCUUUGGGGUGGGCAGCCCUCAGGAGGAAGGGCUGCCCCGGGAGGAGCCAGCUGCCCCUCCAGAUGUGUUCUCAGGCCCUGCCCGAUGCCCUGCCCCCUAUACCUUCUCCUUCGAGAUGCUGGUGACCGGGCCAUGCCUGCUGGCAGGCCUGGAGAGCCCCUCACAUGCCCUGCGGGCAGACGCCCCCCCUCACGCCAGCUCUGCAGCCACCAUCUGUGUCACACUGGCUGAGGGGCACCGAUGUGACAGACCCUUGGAGAUCCUGCUGCACCCCAGCGAGCCGUACCAGCCACACUUGAUGCUGGAGGCCGGCAGCCUGAGCUCGGCGGAGUACGAAGCCCAGGUGCGGGCCCGCAGGGAUUUCCAGAGGCUUCAGCAACGGGACAGUGACGGGGACCGGCAGGUGUGGUUCCUGCAGCGCCGCUUCCACAAGGACAUCCUGCUGAACCCUGUGCUGGUGCUGAGCUUCUGCCCAGACCUGAGCUCCAGCCCCAGACACCUGGGCACGGCAACUCGGGAGCUCCUCUUCCUCCUGGAUGGCAGCAGCGCAGCAUACAAGGAUGCCAUUGUGCUGGCUGUGAAGUCCCUCCCCUCUCAGACCCUUGUCAACCUGACCGUGUUUGGGACUUCAGUGCAGCCGCUCUUCCUGGAGAGCCGGCCCUGCAGCGAUGACACCGUGCAGCUGGUCUGUGAGAGCAUCGAGACCCUGCAGGCAGCAUGGGGUACCUCGGAUGUGCUGCCUGCGCUGGACUGGGCCCUGGGGCAGCCACAACACAGGGCUCACCCUCGGCAGCUGUUCCUGCUCACCUCUGCCUCGCCUGGGGCUGCCACCACCCACCAAGCCCUGGAGCUCAUGAGGUGGCACCGGGGGGCAGCCAGGUGCUUCUCCUUCGGGCUGGGACCCGCCUGCCAUCAGCUUCUCCAGGGGCUGGCUGCGCUCAGUAGGGGCAGGGCCCACUUCCUGCGGCCUGGGGAGAGGCUGCAGCCUUUGCUGGUGCAGGCUCUGAGGAAGGCCUUGGAGCCUGCUCUCAGUGACAUCUCCGUGGACUGGUUCGUGCCGGAUGCUGUGGAGGCCCUGCUGACCCCUCGGGAGAUCCCGGCCCUCUACCCUGGGGACCAGCUGCUCGGCUACUGCUCACUCUUCAGGGUGGAUGGCUUCCGGAGCCGGCCUCCUCCGGGGGGCCAAGAGCCUGGCUGGCAGAGCUUUGGUGGCUCCGUGUUCCCAUCCCCAGAGGAGGCGCCAUCUGUCACCAGCCCUGGCACUGAGCCCACUGGCGCCUCAGAGCCACUAGGAACGGGCACUGUGUCUGCAGAGCUGUCCAGCCCAUGGGGUGCUAGGGACUCGGAGCAGAGUACGGAUGCUCUGACGGACCCAGUCAUCAUCGACCCCGGACCCAACCCCUCCUCCAACACGGCCAUAUGGCGCCGCAUCUUCCAUUCCUCAUACAUCCGGGAGCAGUACGUCCUCACCCACUGCUCUGCCAGCCCUGAGCCAGGGCCGGGCUCCACCGGGAGCAGCGAGUCCCCAGGCUCCCAGGGCCCUGGCUCACCAGAGGGCACCUUCCCCCUGGAUCCCCCUUCUCAGCAGGGCUGCCGCAGCCUGGCUUGUGGGGAACCUGUGGGCUCCCGAUCUUGCCCGCUGCCAGCACCUCCACAGGCUUCACUCAAGGCAGGAGCCCUGAGUGCCGAGGUGCUGGGCCGGCGGCACAGAGCAGCUCUGGCUGGCCGAAGUCUCUCGUCCUUGCCAGGCUGGGCAAACCCAGUACCUGGCCAACCUCAGCACCCCUCUCUGGGUGCAGUGCCGGAUGGGGCCGGCCCAGAGUCAGGCCAACAGCUGGGUCAGGGCCUGGAUGACUCAGGAAACCUGCUUUCCCCAGGCGCCAUGGACUGGGACAUGUUGAUGGAGCCACCCUUCUUGUUCACUGAGGAGCCAGCCCCUCCAGCUGAGCCACUGCCUCCCCAGGCCCCCCACUGCCAUGUGGUGAUCCGGGGCCUGUAUGGCGAGCAGCCGUUGUGCUGGGAGGUGGGCGUUGGGCUGGAGACACUGUGGGGGCCCGGGGAUGGCUCAAGGCCUCCAUCGCCUGCCGCUGGGAGAGAAGCUGCUUGGGACCAAGCACUCCACCGGCUGACAGCAGCCUCUGUGGUUCGGGACAAUGAACAGCUGGCACUCCGAGGGGGGACAGAGCCGGGCCACGCGAGGAGGUCGAUGCUCCGAGCCCUUCAGACGAGCAAGGUCAGCUUGGCCCCCUCCUGCUUCACCUACCCAGUAGCUGUGGAUGCGGCCACCAGGGAGGCGCUGCCUGAUGCUCUUCAGGUGCGGAGCUCAGACCCAGCAGAGCCGCCCGGCCCUUCUCCGGCCUCUCAGGGCCCACUAGACACGGCUGCGCUGCUCACGUCGGUCCCCCGCGAAGGUAUCGCCCACCCGGGGAAGGGGAAGGGGAGGGCCCCACCCGGCUGGUCCCACGCAGGGCUCCAGAGAGGCUCUCUGCAGGGGCCCAGCACAGCGACAACUUCAGGCUGGCUGCAGGCCCAGCACCUGCCCGAAGGCCUCGACCUGGCCGCCCUCAAGGCCGCAGCGCGCGGGCUCUUCCUGCUGCUGCGCCACUGGGACCAGAACCUCCAGCUCCACCUGCUGUGCUACAGCCCGGCCAACGUGUGAGGACCACGCCCCUGGUCACUGCCACUACUGCCCAGGGUCCUGGGCGGCUCAUCCCUCCGUCCAGCCCUCUGCUCCCAGAAGUGCCUGCCUGUGCUCUCUCCCUCCCCUCUCCCCAUGCUGCUGCCCCCAGGCUCUGAGCUCUUGCCUCAGCAGAAGAGAAGAGAGCCAGCCCCCAAAUCCUAUGCAAUAAAGUGCCUCUCAGGACCACAGGGGGAGUGAGGUUUUAACCUUUAGUUUUCACAGCACUAGAGGGGGGACCCAGAUCUGUGCACUGAGCUAGCCCCACCCCUUUUUCGUUUGCUGAAGGGCCUCACUAAAUCACUAAGUUACCUAGGCUGGGCUUGAACUUGUG